CACAAGUCUACACUAAUUUUCUACGUUGGAGAAAACUGGGAAAAACUACAAGUGCCGAAAAAUCGUUUACAAAAAGCAAAACGUCACUUCCCAUGUGUAGGACUCUGCUGGGGAAAAAAAUCACCACGAAAACUAUUAUUUCGUUGCAAUCUUUAUGUCAGGUACAAGAAUCAAAUUAAAGCCACAAAUAUUUGGAGCCAGGGUCAAUACAAUGCAGGACUGGCAACGAAACCUUUACUAAAACAGGGACUACCAACUGUCCAUGGCUAAACUGCAGAUGAGAGAAAUACUUUUUUUUUUUUUUUUGGACAGAUUUCAUUUGGGGGAUUCGAAUUUGGAUUCAGAGAGAUAUGGCAAGCCAGUGAAGCUGUGAACUCGUUGGUCCUGUGCCAUCUAGCUCCAUAGACCGCAGGAGUCUUAGGAAAGACAGAGAUCAACGAUCGCGCAAGUUUUUUUGCUGGACAUAUGCACACACACGUACACACACGUUUGAACAUAAGACUGCAGAGACUGCAGUUAAAAAGGACUGAACUUGAAAUGUGCACGGACAAAAGGAUACGACUACCCAGGAAGGGCCCAUUGAGGAUUACUCAUCCUGGUUGAUGCAACUCUCAUCUGCACCACACUAGGGUUACUCGCAAAAAAAGUGUCAUUGCUUUUAGGUUUACAGCUUGAGUCAAGGACUGAUGAUCCCCCUGAUUUUGCAGAGCUUUUGCUAAAGCUGCAUACAGAAGAAUAUAGAUUACAGCGACACAUGGUGUUCUGCAGGCUUACAUGGCAGAAGCAGAGGAACUGAGAAAAACAAGUCACGGAAGAUGCAGCUGAGUUCCAAAAAAUCUAAGAAGGAGUCAAGGUGUGCAUCCAGUAAAGCUAGGAUACGAAAUGGCGAUGAGGCCCAGAAAACCAAACUGGUCGACAGAGCAGAAGCUGCUGCUUGUGCAGCUCGUGAAGACCAGGAGAGAGGAUGUGCUGACUGGCCGGCACUCAUGUCGUGAGCUGGCCACUACCCGGAGGUGGGCUUGGGAUGAGAUCGCUGAGGAAAUCUCCACCGCCUACCCUGAUGUGCCCCGUACUGGCAAGGAGUGCGAGAGACACUGGUUUGUAGAGUUAGCCAAAGCCAAGGAGGCCAUGGUGACCCACAAAUCCCUCUCAGGUAAAGAACUAGCAGAACUCAUCAACCCAGUGACUAAACUUGUGAUUGAAAUUCUCAAACUACAGAGAAAAGAGGCUGAGCUUAAGGGCAGAUUAGAAGAAGAGAGUACAACCUUUCAAGAAGAAGAAGAAGAGCAAGUGGAAGUGAAAUAUCUUCUGGCCCCGGUUGCUCCAGUCACACGCACUGAAUUACCCGACAACCACAUGAGUAAUAAUAGCCAGGACACUGCACCAGUGAGUCCCCCGUGCUCUACGUCGCCAUCUGCAGAAAAGAGAGACCUGGAGCUCUCUGUUCUUCGUCGACAAGAGCGGGUGUUACAGCUGCAGGAGGAGUACUAUUCCCUCAAAAUCAAACACCUCAAAGCACGGAUGUUGAUGGAUCUUUGACGGGACAGUGAUGCCAUGGCAGAACAGUGGGGAAAGGACUCUGCCUUAAUAAACACUAGGAAUCCCACAAACUGUAGAUUUACUUGGCCUGACUGUGCUUUUAAUGUGUUUUUAAGAUGUUAAUGAGGACUGUAAUUACCUUUACACUGCUUUUGGCUGGCACCUCAUGGAUUUAAAGCACUGAGGAACAGAAACAAUGUUUUCUGCAAGUUGUACUCUGUUCCUUUGUUCUUCAAGGGAACUUGACUGACUGUGUAAUACGGUGCUGAGAAUUUGAUAUGAUACCUUUCCACCAGUAGAUGGCAAGGUGGCAGCUCAUAUUCUUACUUGUUAUACUGUACAUAUAAGUAGUAAGUAGGAUCCGAGGCCAGUUAUGGCUAAGGAGGCAGAGUUUAAAUGUCGAAACUAGUCUUGACUGUACACCUAUGAACAAGGUCUACUUUAAGGGAACAGCCAAAAAGGUUUUUUGAAAUUCAAAGCUUGACUCUAGAAGCUCUAGUAUUGUGCUGACAAAGGCGUUCAGGUGACAACUACAGAAAUAAAAUGCAUGCUUUUUAGCAUGCUGUAUUAGAGGUAAUACUAGAGAGGCCAUGGGGCCAUGUCAGGCAUUUCUGGCCAUUGCUUUCAGUUAGUGUUUUUGUAGGAAUUUGAUCAACUUGAAAAAAAUUGAUCAGCACACGAUCCACAUAAAAUAGGAUGAUCCAGUGUUAAAUAAUUGUUGCUUUUGCAUGUUCACAGAUUUUAAAUAUAAGAAAGACCUGAAUUACCUUGCUAGGUAUUUGCCAUUCCAAACUGUAUGACACUGUGGCCACACAUAGAUAGGCCUGACUUUGUCAAUGUAUUAAAGUCUGAAAAUGUCCUUAAAUACAACAGUUUGAAACCUUU